CCUCCUUCCACAUCUCCCCCUCCCACUGCCUUCUUUCCCCUCUUUAUCUCAUUCUUGCCAACAGUCUCAUUAUCUCCCCUGUGUUGUAAUCUGGAGUAUCGCCAUCGCUAUUCCCCCCUUUUAGCUAAAGCUCCUACCGCCUUGGCCAUCCAGGCCCCGUCGGUAGUCUCUCUCCCAGCUAACUUGACCACACCUUGAUCAACCUGUCUUCCAUUUUUUGUGCCAACCAUCCCCCCCUCCAUCAUUUCCCCUCUCCCCUAUUUCGGCGCAUAGUGUCGGAAUUUCUCAGAAAGGAGGCUUGCUCCUCCCGAGCUAUUAAUCAUGGUUGACAAUGCAGCACGGCACCCCAAUCUCAAUCUGACCCCCGAAGAAAAGCGUGUCUUCUACCAGCUCUUCCAGGCCGCUGAUACCACCAACCUGGGCGUCAUCACCGGCGAGGUGGCCGUGCCUUUCUUCGAAAAGACCCAAUUGGCCCCGGAAACCCUCGGCUUGAUAUGGCAGAUCGCGGAUAGGGAGAACAGGGGUUUAUUGACCCCCUCUGGGUUUGGAGUCGUGCUGCGCUUGAUCGGACACGCUCAGGCGGGUCGCGCACCGACAGAGGAGUUGGCUUACCAGCCUGGCCCGCUGCCGCAAUUUGAUGGCAUUUCCGUUGAUGCCGCUCCUGCUCCGCCAGCUCCGCGCGAGGCAGGCACCACCAGCCCGACGCCCGCGGCGGGUGGUCCUAUUCGUGUACCUCCUUUGAACCCAGAAGAUGUCAAUAAAUUCCUAUCGUUGUUCGAAAAAUCAGAUGUCGCCAAGACCGGCGUUCUCUCAGGAGAAACGGCUAAGCAAAUCUUUGAGCGUGCGCGGUUGCCGAACGAAAUCCUCGGUCGCAUUUGGAUGUUGGCAGAUAGGAGACAACAGGGCGCUCUUGAUGCGACGGAGUUCGUUAUCGCGAUGCACCUUCUCACCUCGUACAAAUCAGGCGCCAUGCGGGGUAUCCCGCAAACCUUGCCUCCGGGUUUGUAUGACGCAGCUUCUCGAAGGGGUUCGAUCCGCUCAUCGGUGGGCUCACGUCAGGGGUUGGACGUUCCUCCUGUUCCUGCUAUACCCAAACAAUUCACAGGACCCCAGCGGACUCAAAGCCCAAUUAAUCGGCCCUUUGGGUCGCCUCUGGCGGCUCAAUCUACUGGCGGGGAUUGGCUGAUUUCGCCUCAAGAAAAGGCCAUGUUUGACAAUAUCUUUGCGACUGUCGACACCGCCAAGGUAGGAUCCGUGAGUGGUGAUCAGGCUGUCGCAUUCUUCAUGGGGGCACAAUUGCCAGAGGAGACCCUUGCCCAGAUCUGGGAUCUGGCAGAUAUUGAUGCCGAUGGACGGUUGACGAAGGACGAAUUCGCUGUGGCCAUGUAUCUGGUUCGACAACAGCGAACUGGCAAGGUUCCCGUGCCGCAGACCUUGCCUCCGGCUUUGAUUCCUCCCAGCAUGCGUCGCCCCGGUUCUGCCCAUAUCGCUCCACCAGUUGCUACGCCCGCACCCGCACCUGCUCCAGCUCCCGCCCCUGUUCCCAAGUCGGCGGCGGAUGACUUGUUUGGUCUGGACGCCUUCACGGCACCUCCACCGCCUAUUGCUCCUUCUCAGGUGCCGCAGUCGACGGGCGGUUCAAAUGCAGCUUUCCAGACUCCUGGAUCUCCCGGGUCCCGAACCUCCCCACCAACUGCCUCAUCGACGUUCAAGCCGUUUGUGCCCACAUCCACGUUCGGUCAAAGCUUGCAACCGCAGAUGACUGGAGCUUCCACCGGAGCACCACCACCGAUCCGGUCACCACCACCCCCAGCCGAUGAUCUAUUGGGCGACAAUGAUCCCGAGGAGUCUAAGAAGCUGACUCAAGAGACUACAGAGCUAGCAAACCUGUCCAACCAGAUUGGCUCGCUGGCCAAUGAGAUGCAGAAUGUUCAGUCGAAGCGAACCUCAGCGGAGCGUGAUUUGUCCCAAACCUCCCAGCAGAAGCGUGAUUUCGAGACUCGCCUCUCUCAGGCUAGGACAAUGUAUGAGCAAGAGGUCAAGAACUUUAAAGCCCUCGAGGAGCGCUUAAAUGCUUCGAGAGCCGAAACAAACAAACUGCAACAGGAGUAUGCGCUUCUCGAGGGAAGCCGGCAGGAUCUGCAGAACCAAUACAAUCAGGUAUCGGCCGCUCUGGCUGCUGACCAGCAAGAGAAUGCGAACCUGAAGGAGAAAAUCCGUGAAGCUAACGCCGCGGUUGCCCAGCUCAAGCCUGCCCUAGAGAAGGCACGCUCAAGUGCGCGCCAGCAGAAGGGUCUUGUAGCGAUCAACAAGAAGCAGCUUGCAACUGUGGAAGGCGAGCGAGAUAAGAUUCAAGAGGAAUUCGAUACCCUCUCACAGGAGCAAUCGAGACAACCCGAGGGAAAUGCUGCCGGCCCGAGUGAGGCUGCUGCUGUCACUAGCCCCGCCGAAUCGACGACCAGUCAGAACACCAACCCAUUCUUCAAACGCACGGCCACUGGCUCCAGCGACAACAAUGCACUAUCGCCUCAGAUCUCCAACGACCAGCAACGCGCAUUCGACAGUCUCUUUGGCACCUCCUUUGUAGCUCCUGCUACAGCGGCAACCCCCCCGCCGCCCGUGUCUUUCCGGGCUGAGUCGCAGCCGACCUCGGGCAUCCCCACUCCCUCAGUGUCUCCGCCCCCCUCUGUUGGUGCUGCUGCGUUUGAGCCACCUGCGCCUUCUCAAUCGCGUCAACUCACACCAAAUGUACUGCCAUUCGGCGAGGAUCACUCAGUCACCUCUUCAACCAGGGUUUCACCACCGGGUAGCAGGUUUGGUGGUCCGGACACAGCCAGUGAAGCAGAAGGUCCCACGCCCACCGAGCCCGCAAAGGCCGCAGCUUCGCCAUUUGACGAGUUUGAGGAGUCGAAAGAACGCUUCCCUGACGUGCCCGAGGUCGCUGAUCAUACUCCAGUAAGCGCCGAUUCGGCCACCCCUGCGGAGAACGCUGCGGAGAACGCUGCGGAGAAGAAGGAUCUUAGUUUCGAUGAGCUGUUCGGUGGACCAGCACACAAACGGUCCCAGUCCCAGAAGGAGAAUGACUUUGAGGAGGCUUUCGCUGCUAUGAAGCAUGGUUCUGGGCCGAGUAAGACCAAUGGAGCAUCUCCUAUUCCUCAAUCGGAAUUCCCGCCAAUCCGUGAACUCGAUGAUGGGGACGAAAGCUCAGACAGCGAGGCACCGAUGGGCUUUGAGGACGAUUUUGCCCCCGCUUUCCCCCCUCAGAGCCAGGUAGGAGGAGCACCCAAGCCCGAUGCCCUCGGACCAUCUCAGCCGGCGGCUUUCCCUCCAUCGGGCGCUGCCACUACCCCCAGCGAGCCUCCUGCCCCGGAGGCUCAGCACAGCCCCCCUAAAUAUGAGGAGACCGUAGGAAAGCAAGAACCGGGAAGUGUUCCUCCUGAGUUUAACGGACUGCUGCCGAGUCGCGAGGACCCGACAACUGCUGCCGAUGCACCGCACUCAGUGGAGGCAAGCACGGGGGCCCCGAUCAUUGGUGGAGAGCCCCAGCGGGAUGACCAUGAGGAACCCGAGGCCGCUGCCCCUCAGGAAACUAAGACUAAUGCUCCUGAUUUUGAGGCUGCGUUUGCGGGAUUGAACUUGGCACCAGCUAAAGAGGCAGAGGACGAAGAUGACGAUUUCGAGACUGUCGAAAAUAAGGAUAACAUGGACUUCGAUUUCUCCUUCGAUAACCCGGCUCAGAAGACGUCACCGAACGCCGCCGCCUCUUCUUCAGACUUCUUUGAUUUCAACAAGCACGCCGCUGCCUCGUCUCCUGGCUUUGCCGCGACUGCCCCUGACACGAAUGCUCAACCGCAGACGCACAAUUGGGAAGAGCUGUUCGCGCCUCUAGAAAACGCCAAUGCACCAAUGAGUGGAGCCAAUGGUUCCAACAAUGCGGCUGAUAAGUCACCGGGCUGGGCUCUUCAAACGGGGACCGAGGAUGACCAGAUCCUACAACGCCUGACCAACAUGGGCUUCCCCCGCGAAGAGUCUCUGGCUGCUCUUGAAAAAUUUGACUACAAUAUUGACAAGGCAGUCGACCACCUGACCUCCAAAGCCUAGCCCUCACCCCAACUUGACACCCUAAACGGAUUCCUUACAGUGCACAUAGUCUCUUGUCGUUAGCCGCCCAUUCGCUCCACAUGUAAAUUUCCUUACUUCUUCUCCAUCACGUCGACAUAAUCUUUCUACUUUUCCCGUCCUUCCCUUCAUUGUUCAUGUCUCCACGUCCGUGCCCCUCUCAUCUUGCACCGUGCACUUGCUGCAAUGUAUCUGUAUAUCGUCUUUCUUUCCGGUGGCAUCUUCCUCUCUCAUACCUACCUGUUCUUCAUGACCCGCUCUAUCACCUAUCUUUGUUAUCACCGCCGCCGUGUAAUCUAGGAAUACCUAUUUGUUCUUCGAUGUCAACACCAAGUACAUGACGGCCUAAUGUGCAGCAUAGCAGAGUACAAAAUGGAAAGGAUAGGGAAGGAUUAUGCUAAGUGAUUACGCGGGAGUCCCAUUGGUCAGUUCGGGC